UUGAAUGCGGCAUUGCAGAGCUACAUUCACUUCCGUAAACAAGGGGUUCUCUUCCUGCUGUGAACGCACGCGCUUUCAGUGAACAGUCGGCCAGUACUUUCAAAACACUGUAAUAACUCUAUAAUAAUUACCGCUGUCACACACACAGGACUGCUAGCGGCUCCAUUAGAGGAACAUGUAGCAUGUAACAUGUGUGUUCUCCGGAGGGUUUAGCGUGAACACAGCUGACAAAGCAAAGCAACUUUUCCAUGCUCGCGGAGAAACAUGGAGAUAGACCGGGACUUCCUGAACUCUCCUCCGGUGAAGACGGUCCGGUUCGGAGGCACUGUGGCGGACACUCUGGCGAAACACAGACAGGGAGACUCUGGGGACUAUGAGCUGCUGAAACAUCAGCUGUCGGACCCUGAGAUAAAGGAUGCUCAGAUCAUCAAGUGGCUGCAGGAGUUUCGGAGCUGUGUGACCCAGCUGAAUAAGGACCAUGAACAGCUGAUCUACCCUCUCCUGAGGCUCCCCUGGGUGGGCCGCAGCCAGGCAGUGGUGGAGGAGUACAUGGCCUUCCUCAGUAACCUGGUGUCGGCUCAGACUGUGUACCUGUGUGCCUGCCUCAAGAUGGUGGUCUCACACUUCAGCCCCAAGAGAGUGACCAUCUGUGAAGGCGGGGUGGAUAUCUCUGACUCAGACGAUGAUGAUGAAAACCUCCCCAGGAACUUUGAUCAGUGUCACCAGGCGCUGCAGCUCAUCACCAGAUACGUUCCAUCCACCAGCCGCUUCCUGAUGCCCAUCCUGCAGGAGAACUUCCCCUUCGUGCAGAAAUCCUCCAGAACUCUGGAGUGUUACGUCCACAACCUCCUGAGGCUCAGCAUGUACAUCCCCGCACUGCGCAGAGACGUGCUGGAGCUGAUCAUCGGGAAGAUGCUCAAACUGGAUGUGAGUGCAUCGCGGUCAGACAUCGAGGAGGCAGAAGAGAACACAGUGCAGAGUCAGAGAGCAGAGGACAGGGCAGAGGAAGGCCUCUUUGAAAUGGAUGAGGACAUGUCAGCAGAUGCCCCCCCCAGGCCCUCAGUGAUGGCCCACCCAGUGGCUGACAGGCUGGACACCCUCAUGGCUGUCCUUUUGGCAUACAUCAAGGAUGUGUGCCAUGUGAAUGGCUCUUUUCACGCGGACCGGACUAAGGAUCUGUACAGAGAUGUGUUGAGUGUGUUUGACAAGCUGAUCCUGCCCACACAUGCUUCCUGUCAUGUGCAGUUCAUACUCUUCUACCUCUGCAGCUUCAGAGUGGCGCUGGCGGAGGCCUUCCUGGAGCACGUGUGGAAGGUGCUGCAGAGCCCCUCCCAGCCCGCCGUGCUGCGCCAGGCUGCGGCUGGGUACCUGGGCAGCUUCCUGGCCCGGGCCAAGUUCAUCCCUGUGCUCACUGUGCGGGCCUGUCUGGACCUGCUCCUCUCGUGGAUCCAUCGCUACAUCGACAGCCAGGACAACAGCGGCCGAGCGGCCUGCUGCGACAUCAGCCUGCACGGACCCUUCUACUCCGCCUGCCAGGCCGCCUUCUACACCCUCAUCUUCAGACACAGAGCCAUGCUGGAGGGCAACAUGAAGAAAGGCCUGGAGUACCUGCAGGGUCUGAACCUGGAGCGUGUGGUGAUGAGUCAGCUGAACCCUCUGAAGGUGUGUCUGCCUGCAGUCAGCAGCAUGUUCGCAGCCAUCACCAGGAAGUACCAGGUGGUGUUCUGCUACACCAUCAUAGAGAGGAACAACCGCCACGUGCUGCCGGUGGUGCGCAGCUCUGCGGGGGGGGACAGCGUGGGCACCAACACCAACCCUCUGGACAGCUUCUUCCCCUUCGACCCCUACCUGCUCCACAGGUCCAGUCAGCUGAUUGAGCCUCUGUACCAGGUGUGGGAGGAGCUACCAGACACAGAGCAGCCCCCCCCCACAACAGGACAACAGUGCUCCAAGGAGGACGAGGACGACUUCCUGUCCGGGGAGACGCCGAAGACAGAGGGUAUUGUGGGAAUGACACCCAGCUCGUACGAGUCGAGCCUCCGCAGCCCCAGCAGCCUGGGCUCCCCCCCCCAUCGCCUUCCAGAGACACUGACCACACACAUCACAUUUAAGUUAGGACUCAAACACACACUGAGGAACACGAGCCGGUGAAGAGAUGACACUGAUCUCUGCCCUCACACAGCACUCUUCCUAGAAAGCUUCAGUGACUUUCAGGAAGUGUAGACCUGCUCAGUCUAACUUGACAUAUUUUCACAAAUUGAUUAACGGCAGAUCAUGCAAAUCAAUAACUCCAAUGACAGCAACAGAAUCAGUGAGAGGCUAAAUAAAGAUUUAUUUAAGUGUAUACCUUUUUAUUUGACACUUUAAGAAAUGGACAAAAUGGCUGUUUGUAUGGUAUUUUAAGUUUAAUUAAACACUCCACAGACUGUU